AUUUCGAUCGAAGUCCAAGGUUAGAAGGAAAUACGAAACGAAACAACAAGGAAUCAUAAACGAUAUAUAGACAAAUUAUUCUCAAAAAUAGUCAAAGUGAAGCGUGGAUCGUGAAAAAAAAAGGAAAAGAGAUGGGUGAAAGUAUUGAAAACGGUUCGAUAAACGAAAAUCGAGCAUGGCUGCCGCCAUGAAAGCAAAGAGAAAGACAGGUCAGGCGCACGCCGAGACUUUUAAUGUAAGCGCAAUGCUCUCGUGCACGGUGGAAUUCGGUUCCCUUUAUGGCGGACGUUGGAACGGUUCCCAUAAUGACGCGGCGCCACUCGUGGAAAUAACAUUUUUCCCCCGAGGAAGUUUUGAUAACUGGGAAGAGGCAUCGAGGAAAAUUGAACUGGGCUGAUUGGGAUCUCAUUGUGGCUCGAUGGAUUAUGGAUAUGGAUAGCAUCGAAGAAUGAGGUAAAAUGUUUAAUGAAGAUCCAUCUCGCGAUCUUAUCAUCCAGGAAGGAAGAAACGUAAUGACAAUUGACGAAGGAAGAUGGUGAGAGAGGGAGAAAGAAGGAAAAGCACGAAGUUAGCGGUACAGAGGUCAAGACGAGGCUAGGUAUUGAGAAAGACUGUACCUAUUCGUCAUUAAUUUUCACUCUCGGCAAUCAGUGCUGUGUUUUCUCGCUCUCAUUUUCUACGAUCAGCCACGCUGGUCCGCAAAAAUUUUUUACAUUUGAACUUUUUAAUAUCGAGUUUGCCUUAUCGAGUUUGGAUCAGAGGCAAUUGGAUGCGUGCUUGACGAGGUGUUAAUUAAAAAAAAAAAAAAAAAAAAAAAAAUGGCAAUAGGAUUAACUACUUUAUUCAGUGCUACAUCGAUUCUCGGAUUUACUUUGAUUCCCCUUGUAGCUAUCGGUUUGACCAUAUACAAAUACAAUCAAGAGGAUCCAGAAUCUCAUCCUUUCGAUAGAGAACAGCUUCUACGAAUGUACGAUUUUAUAGUGGUCGGCGGAGGAAGCGCCGGUGCGGUGAUCGCAUCGAGAUUGUCAGAGGUAUCCAAUUGGACAGUGUUGCUGUUGGAGGCAGGUGGCGACGAGACUGAAAUUUCCGAUGUCCCUUUACUGGCUGGUUAUAUCCAGCUAUCAGACAUGGACUGGAAAUAUCAAACUUCACCGCCCACCUCAUCGGCCUAUUGCCUCGCAAUGAUCGGCGACAGAUGCAACUGGCCACGAGGAAAAGUGCUCGGCGGGAGCAGCGUAUUGAACGCCAUGGUUUAUGUCCGGGGUAAUCGCCGCGACUACGACAACUGGGCCAGACUGGGCAACACAGGUUGGAGUUACGAGGACGUGCUCCCAUACUUCCUCAAGUCCGAGGACAACCGGAACCCGUACCUGGCCAGAACCCCGUACCACACAACGGGCGGUUACCUGACCGUCCAGGAAUCCCCGUGGCGUAGCCCGUUAUCGAUCGCGUUCCUGCAGGCCGGCCAAGAGCUCGGCUACGCGAAUCGGGACGUGAACGGAGCGUACCAGACGGGUUUCAUGUUGAACCAGGCGACGAUCCGCCGGGGCAGCCGUUGUUCCACGGCCAAGGCGUUCCUCAGGCCGGUCAAGAACAGGGAGAACCUUCACAUAGCCAUGAAAACGCACGCGUUGAGGGUGGUGUUCAACGAGGGGAAAAGGGCGACGGGCGUCGAGGUGCUGAGACACGGCAGCCACCGGUUGAUACGAGCUAGGCGCGAGAUCGUUCUCUCCGCGGGUGCGAUCAACACCCCGCAACUGUUGAUGCUGUCCGGCAUAGGGCCCAAGGAGCACCUGGCCGAGUUCGGCAUCCCCGUGAUAUCCGACCUCAGGGUCGGCGACCACCUUCAGGACCACGUGGGUCUGGGCGGGCUCACGUUCGUCGUGGACGAGCCGGUCAGCCUGAAGAAGGAUCGUUUCCAGACGGUAUCCGUGAUGAUGCAAUACGUUCUGCACGAGAAGGGGCCGAUGACCGACUCGGGAGUAGAGGGCGUCGCGUUCGUCAACACGAGGUACGCGGACAAGUCGGACGACUAUCCGGACAUCCAGUUCCAUUUCCUUCCGAGCUCGAUCAACUCGGACGGGGAGCAGAUCAAGAAGAUUCUCGGGCUGAGGGAGAGCGUGUACAACACGAUGUACAAGCCGUUGACCGGGGCAGAUACGUGGUCGAUCCUCCCGCUCCUCCUCAGGCCGAAGAGCUCGGGUUGGGUACGAUUGAAGAGCAGGAACCCGAUGGUUUAUCCGGACAUAAAUCCCAAUUACUUCACGCGGAAGGAGGACGUGGACGUGCUGGUGGAUGGCAUACGGAUAGCGAUGAGAUUGGCGAACACGACCGCUUUCAGGAGGUUCGGCUCGAGGCCGCACACGAUCCGUAUGCCCGGCUGCCACAGGUAUCCGUUCGACACGUACGAUUAUUGGGAGUGCGCGAUCAGGCAUUUCACGUUCACCAUCUAUCAUCCUGUGGGCACGUGCAAGAUGGGGCCGAGGGGCGAUCCCACGGCUGUCGUCGAUCCAAGGCUCAGGGUGUACGGGGUGAAGGGGUUGAGGGUGGCGGACGGAUCCAUCAUGCCGCAGAUCGUGAGCGGGAAUCCGAACGCGCCGAUAAUUAUGAUCGGCGAGAAGGCGAGCGAUAUGGUGAAGGAGGAUUGGAUGCGCUACGCGAGGGAGGGGAAUGGAUUCGUGAGAAGUUGACGAGUGUGUUCGUUCGAUGCUGUGAGUUUUUUGGAUUUUUUUAAUUGUUUUCUUUUUAUUCGUCUUUAAAGAUUAAUUUAAAAGAAACGAAAAAAAGGAGAAGGAUUUGUUUUUUUUUCAAUUCUGUAAGUGUGCUGUAAGUUCGUUUUAUUUUAAUUGUUUUUAUUCUUUUUAUUUGUCUUUAAAGAAACGAAAGAAAGAGAAAAAAAAGGAGAAGGAUUUGUUUUUUUUUCAAUUAUCGUUUGAGCUCUGUGAGUGUGUUGUUUGUUUUAUUUUAAUUGUUUUUAUUCUUUUUAUUUGUCUUUAAAGAAAGAGAAAAAAAAGGAGAAGGAUUUAUUUUUUUUUUUUUUGAGUUCUGUGAGUGUGUUGUUCGUUUUAUUUUAAUUGUUUUUAAUCUUUUUCUUUGUCUUUAAAGAAACGAAAGAAAGAGAAAAAAAAGGAGAAGGAUUUAUUAUUUUUUUUUUUGAGUUCUGUGAGUGUAAGUUCGUUUUAUUUUAAUUGUUUUUAAUCUUUUUAUUCGUCUUUAAAGAAUAAUUUAAAAAUAACGAAAAAAAGGAGAAGGAUUUGUUUUUUUUCAAAUAUUAUCGUUUGAGUUCUGUGAAUGUAUUAUGAAUGUGAAUUUUUGAAAUCCUUUUUAAUCUUUUCACUUUGUCUUUAAAAAAUAAUUUAAAAGAGACGAAAGAAACGGAAGAAAGGAUUCGUUUUUUCCCUAAUACAUGUUUGAUUGUUCGUUUGAAUUUUUUAAUUGUUGCUGUCUUUAAAGAAUAAUGUAAAAGAGAUAAAAGCGUCAUAUAAUUAUUAUAGCUAAAAGUGGAAAGUUUGAUAGUUAAAUUUGCAGAGAAAAUAGUAAAAUUUUGAGAAAAAUUCUUUGAAAAAAGGACGUUCCAAAUAUAUAUGUGUCUUUUCAAUUUUUGUUUAUUAUUGUUAAAGAAUAAUAUAUAAAAGAUUUAAAUUUAAAUUUAGCUUUGAAACGAAGACGUUCAAUUUUAUUUAUUGCAGCUAGCGUGAAAAGUUUGAUAUUUAAAUUUGCAGGUAAGAGAAGCAAAUUUUCAAGAAUAGAAGAUAGCGAACGAUCUAAUAAUUUAUUAAAAUCAUUAAUUUUUAAAAAAAAUCGUUCGAAUUAUUUUCGAAACAAUUUCGAAUAGUUCCCUCGAAAAACGAGACGAUACCCCAUCGAUCUGUUUAUCUCUCGAGGGAAACUCUUUUUUUUUUUAUGUUGAACAAACAUUGCGGAGAGCAACGAGUAAUACGUACGUAAUCCGACUUAACUUUCAAGCACGACUUGCAAGGAAGUGUCAAACACACUUUCACGUUUACCGACGAGCUGUGAAAAAACUUGGUAUUGAAAGUUAUUUAACAUCGAAUCGUCACUUGUAUCUCGUCAAAGAUACAUUACGUGAACGAUGGAAUAAGAACACUUAUACUUCAAACAAAUCAGAACACCUUGAUAUUCAAAUCCGUUAUGUAUUUUGCGUGUAAAUUAUUUUUGUAACAAUGUAACAAAAGAUCUAUUUAUAUGUGUAUAUAAUAUAAUUUAUACGAAUUUAAA